AUGACCAAUCCCGCUCGCCACUCCGACCUGGUAGAACUCGUAGAAUGCUUCUGGUCACAUGAAUCUUUAGGAAUAGUCGACAAUCCCAAUCAAUCCGAUGACGACAAGUGCUUGGAAGACUUUAACAACUCAAUCAAGUACAAUAAGCAAGAGCGCCAAUAUUCGGUAAAACUUCCAUUCAAAGACCAGCUAAAGAGAGGAAUAAUAGAAGAAAUCGAUGAAGACCAAUCCGCCAACAUUAGUCAUUACCUCGCUCACCACGGUGUCAUCAGCGGGUCGAAAAAACACACGAAGGUACGCUGUGUUUCCGAUGGUUCAGCAAAAAGGAAAGAAGGAAUGAGCAUCAACGAGAUACUCCAUAAAGGACCAACAUUAUUACCGGACCUACUCGGAGUCCUUCUUCGAACAAGAACAAUGCCAAUAAUGGUCUCCAGCGAAAUUGAAAAAGCCUUCUUGACGGUAGAACUCCAAGAACAGAGCCGAAACUGCACUAGUUUUUUCUGGUUGCGAGAUCCUACAAAACCAGCAGGUCGAAUAUAG